CAAAUCCCAGUGCUGCCAUUGCUGGGCCCUUGAGCAAGGCGCUUAACUCUCAACUGCUCAGUUGUAUAAAUGAGAUAAAUGUAAGUCACUUUGGAUAAGUGUGUCUGCCAAAUGCUUUAUGAAUUCGACAAAGCUGCACAAUGGGAGUCAGUGGCACCAUGUUUUCCACCCAUAAGUACAGGUAGAGGGGUCAUCAUUCCUCUACUACCCCUGAUUUAUUUAUAUCUACUGUAUAAUUCGUGAGAACGUGCAAACUAAGAGUGCAAUUGUACAAGAAACUGUUUCUUAUGACGACAUGGUUGAGAAACGCCAGAGGGCGCUGUCCGAUCGAGGAUUAGCAGUGUAUCUGUGAUCAGUUUGUGUUCCUGCCUGAGCUUUCCAGUGCGAUCGAUUAAUCAUCCUGCGCUUCAGGAAGCGGCUAUGUGCACGUGGGAAAUGUCUCUCAUACACGGCGUAUACCGACUCCUUAUUUGUUAGGUUGAUGGUUGUUGUGUUCCUUUCGUUAACCAUCUUCACUGAAUGGUUUUCAGUGUGAAAUAUUCGCUCAUAACCGAAUCAUCAGAUCAGUCCCGAGUGUGUAAAUGGCGGACUCGCUGGUGGAUGUAGAGUGCAGAAUAAGUGAGGGAGAUUACGUGGUUUUGAAAAGAGGAGAUGUCUACAAAUCCGUGCAGGUGCAGACGAAGAAGAAAAUCAUAUUUGAGAAGCAGUGGAUCUUUUUGGAUGCUGCCAUCGGGGAACUGUACGGCUCGACUUUUGAAGUGGACGCUGGAGGAAAACUAGGUCUACGAAAGCCAAAAAACACUGAAGACGACUCCACAGAGGCCAAAGAAGCAGGCCAAGAUAACAGACACAUUGUAGAUGAUGGCAAAUCACAGAAACUGACCAGAGAUGAUAUCGAAUCGCUGAAAGGGCAGGGGAUGAAGGGCCAGGAAAUAAUUCAGCAGCUCAUAAACAACAGUACAACAUUCAGGGAUAAAACUGAAUUUGCUCAGGAGAAAUACAUCAAGAAGAAAAAGAAGAAGUAUGAGAGCAAGAUCACAGUACUGAAGCCUACCUCCCGUAUACUGGCAAUGAUGUACCAUGGCAGAGAACCUGGAAAAGUAUGUCACCUGAGAUAUGACACUUUGGCUCAAAUGCUGACUCUGGGGAACAUUCAUGCAGGAAGUAAGAUCAUCGUGUUUGAGACGUGCGCUGGACUCGUCCUCGGUUCUGUCAUGGAGAGAAUGGGAGGUCAUGGCUCAGUGAUCCAGAUGUAUCCAGGUGGUGGACCCGUCAGAGCAGGCAUGGAGAGCUUUGGCUUCCCUUCACACUUCCACGAUACGUUAAACGAAUUUCCCUUGUGUAAGGUGAACGCGCUGCUGUCAGGAACACUGAACGUUGACGAGAAAGACAGGGAUUCUGGAAAGUCAGAAGAACAGCCUGCUGCACCUUCCUCAGGCGGCUCUGAGUCACAGAGCAUGGAGGUGAGCACAGACCCAGCCGAGGCCAAGAAGAUGGAGGAGAGAGAGAGGCUGCGUGAGCAAAGGGCACAAGAGAAGAAGGUAAGGAUGGAGGAGAAGAGGAAGAGGCUGGCUGCCGCCGCUGCGCUGCUGGAGGGGCGAAACGCAGACGGGUUAGUGAUCGCCAGCCGCUUCCACCCUUGUCCUGUGCUGCUGGGUUUACUCAGAUUUGUGGCACCAUCCAGACCAUUUGUAGUGUAUUGCCAGUACAGAGAGCCGUUAAUUGAAUGUUACACAAAGCUCAGGGAGCAGGGUGGAGCCAUUAAUCUCAAAUUGACAGAUUCCUGGCUCAGGCAUUACCAGGUGUUGCCCAAUAGAACUCAUCCAGUGUUGUUGAUGAGUGGAGGUGGAGGAUACCUGCUGUCUGGAAUCACAGUCUCUGCAGAUGCUGCCACAUCAGGAGCUCCACGGAAAACCGGCGAGCCAGCUGCCAAGAGGAUCAAGCUAGAUGAUUAGCAGCUUGAGUAACAGUUCUGCGUAGCCUUUUUAUUUGGUCUAAAUUAUUUUAAUGAGAAUAAACCAAAUUGCUCCCUCUCCAUGGAGAAAUCCUAUUAUACAUGCCUGUUUAAGUUGCUAGUCUUUAUUAGUUCAUUUGCUUUUUUUUAUCCUUGUUUUCCUGAGGGUCAGUCUUUCAUCAAGGAGCUACUUAACAUCUUUUAUUUAAGAUCCAUGAGUGUAAAUAACUGCACUUUCAACAGCUAUUGUAGUAGUGCGGUAAUAAUCAAUAAAAUGUGACAUUAAUGGAAAUAUAGCAUUGUGCUUUCCCUCAAUAUUAAGCCAUAAUUUCUCAGAUUAAAAGUGCUUGACAGGUUUUGGUCCCACUGCAACAUGCUUUUAUUAGAUGCAUUCAACCAUAGCAAACAAGAAUAUAUAGGAGGGUAAUACAGACUUAGGAACAAGUAUUAAACAGGUGGCAUGCACUUAGUUUUUAACACAAUUACAAGAUAAACAAUAAUCAGUAUUCAUUUUUUUAUAUGUUUUCUUUAGAUAAUUCUUUCUUACAGAUAAAGAUUAAUCGAAUACAUAUUUAGGCUGUAUAUUGUUAAAGCAGGCAUCUAUUAUAAGUGUCGAAUGUGUUCACAUUUAAAAAGUGCUCUAAACAAACACAGUUAAGAGUGCAUUAAUUAUCCAAAAGCAGCCCAAAGCAACAUCAUACAAAGCUUCUGGAAAGUCAUAUUAAGGGGGUGUCAGAUGUUUCUCGUAUGGUUGGUUCACUUCUCGUUUCAACCAAGGCUAGUUUAUUUGUGCUCGUUGCUCCACGGAGGCAAGUUUCUCAAGUUCUUUCAGCUGAGAAGAGAGAACACACAU